CUUCGUGUGGCCGCCCCCUCCCCACCGUCCGCUCUCUUCCUCUUCCCCUUCUCCCCGCCAUCGAAAUAAGCGAGCAAAUCCUCCCCAAAUUAGCCAAGAAAUGAUCCAUUCAUUUUAAGCAAAUAAGAAAAGGAAAAAAAAGAAAAGAAAAUUGUAUUGUUCAAUCCUCCUCUCUCCCUUUUCGUUAAUUUACUUCGGAAGAAACUUCACAUUUUAGCAGAACAAAGAUACUUUUAAGAUCUUUUUUAUGUAAUAAAUGGCCCUAUUCGGGAGAAGCCCACGAAUGGACGGUAGGAGGUCGUCAUCAUAUUGUUCAACGGCGACUUUUGUUGUAUUCAUCGCUCUUUGCUUGAUUGGUUUAUGGAUGAUGACGACUUCAACCGUCAUUCCUGUUGACAUGUCUUCAUCCAAAAACAAAUCUGACAUGAAAUCAGAGAUUACGGAGAUGGAUUCGAACACCGUCGAGGAUAGGUCGAUCGACACCUCUAGUAAUCCAGUCCAAGGUGAUGCCGAUCGUAAUGCAAAUGAUUCUCCAAACGAGGACGGCUCUGAUUCUGCUGAAGAGCAGAAUGUGAUUGAAAAAACUAGCGAAAAUUCAGUUGAGAAGAGUGAAGAGGAGAAUCCAGCUAACGGGAAUGAUGGUACGAAGGAUGAUUCAGAUAAGACAUCAAAGGACCAGUCAUUUGAUGAUGCUAAUGGUGGUACGAAGGAUGAACCAGACAACGCAUCAAAGAACCAGUCAUUUGAUGAUGAAAAUGGGAAAACAGAGGGUGGAGAGUUAGUAAAAGGAGGUGAUGAAAAUGGAAGUGGUGAGCGAGGUGGCCAAGAUAAAGACGCAGAAGUGAACCGUGAAGAGGUUAAUAAUAACAAUGGGGAGGAAAAGGAAGGGCAAAGUCGUGAUGACACUACCGAUAAGGAGCGAACGGAAGACUCGGAUAAAAUUUCAAGUGAAAAUGAAGUUAGUAACAAGCAGGAUACUGAUGGCGAGAAUAAUUCGGAAACACAGGAAAAGGAUGAAGAUAAUCAAGGUCAGAAAGAGGAGAAGGAAGAAAAGAACCAAGACAAGGAUACUGAAAAGGAUUCUGGUGAGGUGAGAGCUGCAAACCAAACAAAAGACGAGAGUGCGAGCGAGGUUUACCCAGAUGGAGCUCAGUCGGAGAUUCUGAAUGAGACCACUGUACAGAAUGGCGCAUGGUCGACACAGCGCGCGGAGUCGAAGAAUGAGAAGGAAUUGCAAUCCACAUCUUUGACAAAGAGGGGAAAUAGAGUGUUCAGUUGGAAGCUUUGUAAUGUAACUGCUGGAGCAGAUUAUAUUCCUUGCCUUGAUAAUGAGGAAGCUAUUAAGAAGCUCAGAAGCACUAAGCACUAUGAGCACCGUGAGAGGCAUUGCCCUGAUGAGGCCCCCACCUGUCUUGUUCCUCUUCCUGAAGGGUAUAGACGGUCAAUUGAGUGGCCAACCAGCAGGGAUAAGAUAUGGUACCACAAUGUUCCUCAUCCUAAGCUUGCAAAUGUAAAGGGGCACCAAAACUGGGUGAAAGUUUCUGGAGAGUACCUCUCUUUUCCUGGUGGUGGUACUCAGUUCAAGCAUGGCGCACUUCACUACAUUAAUUUCAUUGAGGAGUCUUUUCCUGAUAUAGCCUGGGGAAAAAGAAGCCGUGUUGUAUUAGAUGUUGGUUGUGGAGUGGCUAGCUUUGGAGGCUAUCUUUUUGAUAGAGAUGUGCUUACUAUGUCCUUUGCACCAAAAGAUGAGCAUGAGGCUCAAGUCCAGUUUGCUCUUGAGAGAGGAAUUCCAGCUAUAUUGGCAGUCAUGGGCACCAGGAGAUUGCCAUUCCCCAGCAGGGUCUUUGAUGUUAUUCACUGUGCACGGUGUAGGGUCCCAUGGCACAUUGAAGGUGGUAUGCUUUUGCUGGAGCUGAACCGAUUGCUGCGGCCUGGUGGUUACUUCGUAUGGUCUGCUACCCCAGUUUACCAAAAACUCCCGGAAGAUGUUGAGAUUUGGAAGGCCAUGUCCGCGCUAACAAAGUCGAUGUGCUGGGAAAUGGUCAAUAAAACAAAAGACUCGGUAAACCAAGUGGGUUUAGCUAUAUUUAGAAAGCCUUCCAACAAUGAUUGCUAUGAGAAAAGAACAGAAAAUGAUCCUCCUCUCUGCCAAGAAUCCGAUGAUCCAAAUGCAGCUUGGAACGUAUCUUUGCAAGCAUGCAUGCACAAUUUGCCUGUUGAUCCCAAUCUUCGCGGUUCACAAUGGCCUGAGAAGUGGCCUCAGAGGUUGGAGGAGACGCCGUACUGGCUAAAUAAUUCUCAGGUUGGAGUUUAUGGUAAACCUGCUCCUGAGGACUUCAAAGCCGAUUAUGAGCAUUGGAAGCACGUCGUAAGUAACUCGUAUGUUAAUGGAAUGGGAAUCAAAUGGUCUAAUGUGAGGAAUGCAAUGGACAUGAGAUCUGUUUAUGGAGGUUUUGCAGCAGCUCUUCGAGACAUGAAGGUGUGGGUCAUGAACAUUGUAACAGUUGAUUCACCUGACACUCUUCCUAUUAUUUACGAGCGUGGAUUAUUUGGGAUGUACCAUGAUUGGUGCGAAUCAUUCAACACCUAUCCGAGGACAUAUGAUCUACUCCAUGCAGACCAUUUAUUUUCGAAGAUAAAGAAGAGGUGCAAACUGUUGUCAGUGAUAGCUGAAGUGGAUCGCAUACUGAGACCAGAAGGUAAGCUGAUUGUGAGGGAUGAAACAGAGAUCAUCAAUGAGGUCGAGAGCAUCGCGAAAUCAUUGCAAUGGGAGAUCAGAAUGGCGUACUCGAAGGAAAAUGAGGGACUUCUUUGCGUUCAAAAGACCAUGUGGCGGCCUAAAGAGUAGAGUCCAACACCGCGCCCUUGUCCUAGAACCAAUUCCGUAAUUUAAUUGGUAGUCAUUAAUUCUUUUUCGUCAUUAAUUUAUUUAAAAUAUAUUAUUAGAGCUGUUCAUCUCCUCCAUCGUGGUCGUUCCAUGUUAGGAGUGGGAUCGAGUGGAGGAAUCACAUUACGUUUUGAUGUAGCAUUUAUAUAUUGGAGGAAAUGCGAUUGAUUUAUAUUGCAAUCGCUUAUACGCACAAGUAAUUGAUUUAUGUAGUUGUCCAUGUAUGGCAUUUUUUUUUUA